UUCUCUUGAUUUGCAAAUACAAUUACAUUUAGUUGGUGAAUUGUUAAAGGAAUGACAGCUCAAAAAUAAGGGGUGGAAGGCUGUUCGAAAUUUUAGGGUAGUAGGAAAAUCAAUGUUUCAUGAAGUUUUCAAACUCAUAGUAAGUUGAUACAAAACAAAAUAGUUAAUGUAACCUUCAUCACAGAUAAGAUAAGUCUUGGGCGGAAAUGAGAAAACUCUACAAAAUUUCUGCCAUCUUUACCAAUGAACGAACUCUACUGAUACCAUACUCCGACCCUUAAUCUGUAUUUCACUGUCUUUUUUAAUAUAUAUGUAACGUUCCCUGCUUUUCUGCAUUUAUUCCUCCUCUAUGAGCACUCGACUUUUUUUUUAAUAUAUUCUGUACAGGGUUCAUUGCUACAUCUAAUGUUUCUCAGUGCUGAUAGAUUUGUUGCAAUCAGGUGGCCAAUGUGGCAUCGGCACCGUCAAACAUCAACAGUAUUAUGGACGUUGCUGGGUAUAUGGCUUGUCACUAUUCUUGGGUCCGCAGUCACAGGAGCAAUACCACAAUAUUUCAACUACAUGUACAAUCCCCAAGUAUUUAUGUUCACAUUGGGAUAUGCGGGUUCAAAUGUGGAAUCACGGGCUCAUGGACUUUUGCAUUUUGGAUUAGCACUUUUCUUGCCAUACGUUGUCACGAUCAUUUUAACAAUGCUUACUGGUGCUGCAGCUUUCAGGGGUUUAAAGUCAUUUUCGACCAUGAACGAGUCACAAAGACCAUCUAUAUCAGAAAAUGGUCGUACGGAAUUGCCACACGUAAAAUAUGCAGCAGGAUUUAUACGACCUAAAAAAGGUUUGAUGAGACAAGACACAAUCCGCAUAACUGGAGACACAAAGAAACCAGAGUUUGCAGUUGUGCAAACAAUUAUUAUAAUGGUUGUGGCUUUUGCUUUAGCGUGGAGUUUAUUUUUUGUUAUCUUCUUCAUUUCAUAUAACAACGAACCCAAAAACGAGAGAGCAACUUCUGUUGUAUAUAUGGUUUCAUUUUACUCCGGUUUGUCGAACAGUGUCGCCAACGUGGUAAUCUACAGUGUCCGAGACGACAGAUUUCGCUCCGCUGUGGCGUCAACUUUCCGCCAUAAAAAUAUGUCCAGUUAUCAUAAUUCAUCUUAUGGUUCCAAAUGACAAAAAACAUUCUUGCAAAGUAUUUUGCAUUUUAUCAAGCAAAGUUCAACGGCAUUUCGUAUUGGAUUAUACUUGGAACGAUUCUUAUGGUAACAAGAAAUCAGUCCUUUCAAUUGUUGGUGAUUGAAGUUUGUUAUAACCCCAACAACUCUGAACAGUUUCCAAAUUGUAUAUGCUUAUUCCACUAAUAUAUAAAUAUAUUCCAAACUAAAAUUUAUUUGCAUUUUUGUCGUGUGUGAAAUUUAAGUAAAUCUUAUUUUGUCUAAUUUAAUCAAAAUAGCACUGUAUUUAUUUGAAGAUCCUUUUCUUUAUGUAUGUACAAAUGAUAAUCUCAAUGGUAUGGGGAUAUUUUCUCAACUUUCUAAAUCAUUACGAUACUGUAUUAAAAAAAAGUAAUUUAUUAGCCAUCAAA